UGUAAACGCCCGCAAUUGCGACAGACGAGGAUGAUGAUGACGAUGGGUGUGCAACGUGGGCUGGUGUGGCAGAGCAGGGCUCUGAGCAUGAGUGCCAUGAGGAGGGUUGCAGCGAGGGCAGCGGCGCCUCGACAGGGACAGGCGGGCGUGCUGGGAAGAGGCCCCUGUGAAGCGAGUGGGUGUUGCUGCUGGUCGUGUUGCAGUCGCUCGCGCCCUUCUGCAACGCCAACGGGCGCUGUGUUGGGUGGUGCUAACCCAAGGUUUGCGACAUGCUUCCCUGCUUUGAGGGGGUUUGCGACGUUCCCCCUUGCUUCAAGGCGUACACUCGCCACAACAGUGUCCUCUUCGAAUCCCAUUGGUGUUUCAGAUGCAGCCAUCGAGCGAAUCAAUGCUGUGAACAAACGCAAGGGCUACGACCCGCCCAAGGCGCUACUUGUGCAAGUGGUUGCCGGCAAGUGCUCGGGGUUUGCGUACAACAUCAAGUUUUCCAACGACUGGCAUGACAACGACAUAGUUAUUGAGGCAGAUGGUGCCAAGGUUGUUGUGGAUGCGCCGAGCGUACCAUUCCUUCAAGGCUCCACGUUGGACUUUGUAUCGGAGCUUGGUGGAAAGAGCUUUGCCAUCGUUGGCAAUCCAAAUGCCGAAUCGGGGUGCGGCUGCGGGGUGUCCUUCAACCUGAAGGAUGAUGCAGAAGACUUCAAGGCAGACGGUUUCUAGCACGGGUGUUGACUUGGGUGAAUGAAUUAAUGGUGGUGGUGGUGAUGGUGCUACUCUCGCCACCUCACUCUCACUUACACGCACACAGGUGUGCAGGUGUACAGGUAUACCAACACACACACGCACACACACACAGAGGUGCACAGGUAUACCAAAACACACACACACACACACACACACACACACACACACGCACACACACACACACACACACACACACACACAGAGGUGUACAGGUAUACCAGCACACACACAACAACAACAACAACAACAACACUCUUGUGGUGAUGACUUGGUUGUGGCGUUGGCUGCUUGCUUGGUUGAUGCGUGUGACGCACAAGAUUUCAUGAGAGUUGACGAGACACAGAGUACACAGUUCAGGCGUGCAAGCCAGCAACACGACACAACACAACCAAGUACACCAACACCGUGUCACAUUACCAAA